UGCUCCAUGUUUUUUUAAACUUGGGAAUGCUUUCCCCUGGUCCACGAUGAUGACCCCAAACCUCACAGCAAUGCUCAAGAUCCACAGCCUGUUGGUCCUCACCGCGUCCCUCGCCGGCGCCUCGCUCGCGGAGAUGGUGUUCCGCUGCCCGGUGUGCACCGUGGAGCGCCAGGAGCUCUGUCCGAUGCCCAGCGAGCCUUGCGCGGAGAUUGUGCGCGAGCCGGGCUGCGGGUGCUGCCCGGUGUGUGCCCGGCAGGAGGGCGAGGCUUGCGGCGUGUACACUCCGAGGUGCACCGCUGGCUUGCGAUGCUAUCCGGCGCCCGACUCGGAGCUUCCCCUGGAGCAACUGGUGCAGGGCCAGGGCCAGUGCCGGCGCAUAGUGGACGCCGACACUACGAGCCAGGAGCACCGGGAGCAUACCAGCGAUGAAGCGGCGGAACGGUUGCCGGAGCCGGACCUGAGCGAUGUCAACAUACCCAGUAAGGAUACCACCUGGAUGGGACCCAAGGAGAGUGCUGUACGACAACAUCGUCAGGAGAUGUUGACCAAAAUGAAGACCAACAAGGUGGAAGAGUUAAAACCUUCACGUCCCAAGCAGACUCAGUGCCAACAGGAGCUGGACCAGGUGCUGGAGCGGAUCUCCAAAAUGCCCUUCCGAGACAAUCGCGGUCCCUUGGAGGACCUCUAUGCCCUGCACAUUCCCAACUGCGACAAGAGGGGGCAGUAUAACCUCAAACAGUGCAAGAUGUCUCUUUAUGGUCAGAGGGGUGAGUGCUGGUGCGUAAGCCCCCACACCGGCCGACCCAUCCCAGCAGCCCCCACUGUGAGGGGAAACCCCAAUUGCAGCCAGUACCUCCCAGAGCUGGAGCUGGAGCUGGCCAACAUGGAGCAGAUGUAGUAAUCAUCAUUUUUAAACACCCUAAAACUUAAAAGGAACUGUCAAGCACAUGGAAACAAACAACAACAAUGAGUAAGCAAUCUAUAAUCUCUGUGUCUCUAGUGGAAGUCUUAGUCACCAAGAAGUGUUAGAAAGCAGUUUGCUGAGUAGGAUCCCUCUGGAGUCGAUGGGAGCAUCAUUUUCGCUUGUAGAGCAAUCAGUCAUGUGUGGAACUUGCAACUGUUUAGACUGAGAGAAAAUGUGACGUUAAACUAAACACAUAAUAAAAAUGUUUGUAGUUUUGAAAA